GGGACAAGCCGUGACACAAAUCGAGCCUCUCCGCCUUCGUCUUGCGCAUGCGCGUUAUGGUGUUGACGUCGGAAGUGCUUGGUUCAAGCUUUGCGGCGGAUUUAGCUUUCGGGGGUAAUUAAAAAAACAGCAGGUCGAUUCGGGGGUUGAUUUUAAAGUAUUCUGUCGAGUUACAGAAAUAUAUUCCGCAUUUCAAUAAGCAGUCGGACGACCAGUCGUGGCCGUGUGUGCGGAGCCCCAGUGAAAGGUAGCGGCUUGUUGUGAACACCGUAGCUGGAACUGAGGACGCUUCAUGUUUGACUGCAUCGGAAGCGGAGAUGAGCGGCGGACCGGGAAACAACCAGGAGUUCGAGGAGCAGCUGCGCAUGCAGGAGCUGUACGGUCGGAAGCGCCAAGAUGGAUCCGACCCGUUCACCUACACCGACCCGGAGGACGGCACCGUCUAUGACUGGGACCACGAGAAGAAGGCCUGGUUCCCCAAGAUCACUGAGGACUUCCUUGCAGCCUAUCAGGCCAACUACGGCUUCACCCAGGAGGGGAACCCAGACGCGAGCACCGCCACCGCCGGCACCGCUCAACCUGCUCCGGUGAAGGACCAGCCAGCAGUGCAGAAGGACAGCAAGAGCAAAGAGGUCAAGCCCAGGGGGGAGAAGAGGAAGGCCGACCCAGGAUGGUUCAACGUGGAGGAGAACAAGAACACCAACGUCUACGUGUCCGGUCUGCCGCCCGACACCAGCGCAGAGGAGUUCGCUGAGAUCAUGUCCAAGUGUGGCAUCGUGAUGCGCGACCCCAUCACCGAGGAGUUCAAGGUCAAGCUCUACAAGGACAAGGAAGGGAACCUGAAGGGAGACGGGCUGUGCUGCUACCUGAAGAGGGAGUCGGUGGACCUGGCUCUGCGCCUCAUCGACGAGUCCGAGGUCAGAGGUUACAAGCUCCACGUUGAGUCGGCUCGCUUUGAGCUGAAGGGCGAGUACGACGCCAGCAAGAAGAAGAAGAAGAACAAGGAGUACAGGAAGAAGCUGCAGCAGCAACAGAAGCAGCUGGACUGGCGGCCAGAGAAGAAGGGAGAAUUGAGGAAGAGGCAUGAAAAGGUCGUCAUCAUCAGGAACAUGUUCCAUCCCUCUGACUUCGAGGAGGACCCGCUGGUGCUGAACGAGUACCGCGAGGAUCUGCGCUCCGAGUGCGAGAAGUUCGGCGUGGUGAAGAAGGUCAUCCUCUUCGAUAGACACCCGGACGGCGUGGCCUCCAUCGCCUUUAAAGAGCCCGAGCAGGCCGACGCCUGCAUCCAGUCCUUCAGCGGCCGCUGGUUUGGAGGACGGCAGCUGUCCGCGGAGCUUUGGGACGGAACCACAGACUAUCAGGUGGAGGAGACGACACGGGAGCGGGAGGAGCGGCUCAAGGGCUGGUCCUCUUUCCUGGACGAGGAUGCCAAAGACCAGCAGGGUGAGGGCGCCGCGCCAGCAGAGGGCGCCACCGCUGCCGCCUCAGAGCCCGUGGAAGCAGCCGGCACCACCGAGCCCCAACAGAAGCCGGAGCCGGAGGACGUGGACUCGACUGACAGCAGCAUGGCUGGGAGCGAUGAUGAGGCCUGAACUUGGAGUCGCCUGUCACCAUGGCGACGGUUCAUACAGCUGCAGAACUCCUGUGAGCCGAGCAGACGACGGGCGCUCGCCCUUCUAAAUGCAUGAGGCCACGCCAAGUCUGCUCCCCCGCUGUCACUUCACCCCCCAGAAACUCUCACCUUCUCCUGGUCUAUGCAAACCUCGGAGGCCACGGAUGCAGCCAAGGCUGGACUGUGUGACUGGCCACCGGAGCCGCCAGCUUUCAACAUACAUGUCUCCACUGCUAAUAAAGUGUGAAUCCUGGGGAACACU